AUUCAAAGUCAGGCUCCUGACUAUGGAUGAAGGCAGGAUUUAAGGCAACACCAUCAAUACUGGAGGAUGUUUACUUAUAUACAGUUGGGAUUCUCUGGCAUGUUGCUCUUAAUCAAUGUCAUUCUACUCUUGUGGGUAUCCAUUGUUCAGGGACAAGUGAAACUUUGUGGUUUUCUACUAAUAAAACAUGGAAAGCUGUACAAUGAGGGAAAUCAGAAACCAUACUUCCCAGUAGCUGUUGGAAAACGGUACUUAUACUACUGUGACCAAAAUUUUGUGACUCCUUCACGAAGGUACCUGCAUUCCAUUUAUUGUACACGAGACGGAUGGUCACCAAAAGUACCAUGCCUCAGAGAAUGCUCUUACACUUAUGUGGAAAACGGACAUCGUCCAAAUAAUCCGAGAACGUAUUUACAGGGUGAAUCUGUAAACGUCAAUUGCUAUCCUGGCUACAGUCUUCCCCAAAUGCAGACCAUGAUGACAUGUACAGAGAAUGGCUGGUUCCCUCCUCCCAAAUGCCUCCCUGUCAUGAAACCUUGUGGUUUUCCACUAAUAAAACAUGGACGGCUGUACAAUGAGAGAAAUCAGAAUCCAUACAUCCCAGUAGCUGUUGGAAAAUACUACUACUAUCGCUGUGACCAAAAUUUUGUGACUCCUUCACGAAGGAACUGGGAUUACCUUUAUUGUACACAAGAUGGGUGGUCACCAAAAGAACCGUGCCGCAAAACAUGUUCAAAAUCAGAUAUAGAAAUCAAGAAUGGGUUUAUUUCUGAACCUCAGUUUACAUAUACCUUAAAUAAACAAACACAAUUUAAGUGUAAACCAGGAUAUGUAACAGCAGAUGGCAAAACAUCAGGAUCAAUUACAUGUCUGCAAAAUGGAUGGUCAGCUCAACCCACUUGCAUUAAAUCUUGUGAUAUGCCAGUAUUUAAGAAUGCCAGAGCCAAAGUUAACAGGAGAUGGUUUAAGCUCAAUGAUGUCUUGGACUACGAAUGUUAUGACAGAUAUGAGAACAGACACAAACUGACCACAGGUUCCAUAAAAUGUGAACACGGCGGCUGGUCUGAUACACCCACGUGUUAUAAUUCUCAAGGAAAAUGUGGGUCCCCUCCAGCUAUUGACAAUGGAGACAUUACUUCGUUCCCAUUACAAGUACAUGCUCCAGGCUCGUCAGUUGAGUAUCAAUGCCAGACCUUAUAUGUACUUCAGGGAAACAAGCAAAUAACAUGUAGAAAUGGACAGUGGUCAGAACCACCAAAAUGCUUAAAAGCAUGUGUAAUGUCCGAAGAAAUCAUGGGAAAAUAUAACCUAACGUUAAGGUGGUUAGACCAACAGAAGCUUUAUGUCCAAACGGGUGAAAGUGUUGAAUUUGUGUGUAAACACGGAUAUCGUGUGGCAGCAACAUCUCCACCCUUUCAAACGAAGUGUCAGGAUGGGAAACUGGAGUAUCCCAGCUGUGAAAAAGACACGCGUGGUUCUUACGGGGACUAAUAAAGUGCACAUUUAUUAAGAAUUUUAGUUAAUCCAGUUAUCAAUUUUAUAUAUCCAGUAUUGUUAAACUCAUUUUUAUCCAUAAGUAAAAAUGUUUGCCAAUUUGUGAUGAUGUAAUUGUGAUCCGAGACCAGUGCUCACUUCUUAAAACACCACAUUAAAACUUGGCAAACCAAAGUGCUAUGGAUCCAAUUUACAAAAUAUUUAUGGCAAAAAAUUAAAUGCAAUUAUUUCAGAUCCUAUUUUUGUCACUUUCCUAAAUAUCUCAAAGCUUUCCGUGUUGCUUUUGAGCCUCUGUUUCACAGUAAAUGGAAAAGAUUCUGUCUCUACCUUUGAAAUCGUAUCACUUCACACAUGUUUGAUUUGGUACAUAAGACAUACAAAGUGAUAACAAUCCUGUGUCAGUUACAAACACACCCACUUGCAUGCACACACACAUAGUCAAUGCUUUGCGACCUGAAUUUAUGUUGAGAUAAAAAAUGUUGGCAAGAAAUGCAGUAAAAUAGGUAAAAUUCUGUAUUUGUGUUUAGAGAUAAUAGGGGUAAGAGUCGUUUAACUCCUUGUUAUACUUAUCAGUAUUCUCUGAUUUUUCUAAUUUUAGCAUACAUCACUUUUGAACCACAAGAAUCAUUUAUUUUAAAAUAGAGAUGCCUAAAAUGCAAGACAAUACAAAUUGAGAGCUAUAAAGACCUAACUGGUCAUGAUCUUAAGGUCGAAUAACAUUUUUAACAAUUUUUGGCUAGAAGAGUUUUGGAAAUUUUAAUAAUGAGAUUCUGAAGUGUAAUUUUGUGUUCAUUUAUUUCAAACAGCAUUAGUUAGUUAAAAUCAUUUUUGGCCAGAAACAUUUUUAAUUUCUAAAAGAUUUUAGUCUUUUAGUAAAAGAGCGAAACUUGUAAGUGAGAAUGAAGAUAUAAAUAAGAUAAAAAUAUUCUAUCAUGAUAACUUAUCUGUUAUUGCAUAAACUCAGGUGGCUUAUAUACCAAGGCUGACCCUUGUUAGCGACCCUGAGUUAGAUAAACUGGUGGAGUUGAGAAAAGUCAGAUUUCACAAAUAUAAAAGACAUUUGCUAUAAUUAGCAAAUAAUCUUUGUAGGUAAUGUAAACAGUGGUAAAUACAUUUAUAGGACAUUUGGGCCAAUAUGACAAAUUGCCAUAAACUGGGUGGCUCAUGAAAAGCAGAAAUUUACUUUAUAGAGUUGUAGGGGCUGCGAUGCCCAAGAUUAAGAUGCCAGGGGACUCGACGUGCGGUACGGACUCACUGUUUCAGAGAUGGUUCCUUCUCACCGUGUCCUCACAGUGUGGAAAGGGCAAGGAAGCUCCAUGAGGUUUUUUUUUUUUUAAAAAA